GAGCUCCUGCUGUUCAUGAAGAGUGAAGACGAUCCCCAUGAGCCCAUGGCGCCUGACAUCCAUGAAGAACGGCAGCACCGCUGCGAGGACUGUGACCAGCUCUUCGAAUCCAAGGCUGAACUAGCAGAUCACCAGAAGUUCCCAUGUAGCACACCUCACUCAGCAUUCUCCAUGGUGGAAGAGGACUUACAACAAAACCUUGAGAGUGAGAGUGACCUCCGAGAGAUCCAUGGCAGCCAGGACUGUAAGGAAUGUGACAGAGUUUUCCCCGAUCUGCAAAGCUUGGAGAAGCACAUGUUGUCACAUACGGAGGAGAGGGAAUACAAGUGUGAUCAGUGUCCCAAGGCAUUUAACUGGAAGUCCAAUUUAAUUCGCCACCAGAUGUCACAUGACAGUGGAAAGCACUAUGAGUGUGAAAACUGUGCCAAGCAGGUUUUCACGGACCCUAGCAACCUUCAGCGACACAUUCGGUCUCAACAUGUCGGUGCCCGGGCACAUGCUUGCCCGGAGUGCGGUAAAACAUUUGCCACUUCGUCAGGCCUCAAACAACACAAGCACAUCCACAGCAGUGUGAAGCCCUUUAUCUGUGAGGUCUGCCAUAAAUCCUAUACUCAGUUUUCAAACCUUUGUCGUCAUAAGCGCAUGCAUGCUGAUUGCAGAACCCAAAUCAAGUGCAAAGACUGUGGACAAAUGUUCAGCACUACGUCUUCCUUAAAUAAACACAGGAGGUUUUGUGAGGGCAAGAACCAUUUUGCGGCAGGUGGAUUUUUUGGCCAAGGCAUUUCACUUCCUGGAACCCCAGCUAUGGAUAAAACGUCCAUGGUUAAUAUGAGUCAUGCCAACCCGGGCCUGGCUGACUAUUUUGGCACCAAUAGGCAUCCUGCUGGUCUUACCUUUCCAACAGCUCCUGGAUUUUCCUUUAGCUUUCCUGGUCUGUUUCCUUCAGGCUUGUACCACAGGCCUCCUCUGAUACCUGCUAGUCCUCCUGUUAAAGGACUAUCAAGUACUGAACAGUCAAACAAAUGUCAAAGUCCCCUCUUGACACAUCCUCAGAUACUGCCAGCCACACAGGAUAUUUUGAAGGCACUAUCUAAACACCCACCUGUAGGGGACAAUAAGCCAGUGGAACUGCUGCCCGAGAGGUCCUCUGAAGAGAGGCCCCUUGAGAAAAUCAGUGACCAGUCAGAGAGUAGUGACCUUGAUGAUGUCAGUACACCAAGUGGCAGUGACCUGGAGACAACCUCGGGCUCUGAUCUGGAAAGUGACCUUGAAAGUGAUAAAGAGAAAUGUAAAGAAAAUGGUAAAAUGUUCAAAGACAAAGUAAGCCCUCUGCAGAAUCUGGCUUCAAUAAAUAAUAAGAAAGAAUACAGCAAUCAUUCCGUUUUCUCAGCAUCUGUAGAGGAGCAAACUGCGGUGUCAGGAGCUGUGAAUGAUUCUAUAAAGGCUAUUGCGUCUAUUGCUGAAAAAUACUUUGGUUCCACAGGACUGGUGGGGCUGCAAGACAAAAAAGUCGGAGCGUUACCUUACCCUUCCAUGUUUCCCCUCCCAUUUUUUCCAGCAUUCUCUCAAUCAAUGUACCCAUUUCCUGAUAGAGACUUGAGGUCGUUACCUUUGAAAAUGGAACCCCAAUCACCAAGUGAAGUAAAGAAACUGCAGAAGGGAAGCUCUGAGUCCCCUUUUGACCUCACCACUAAGCGAAAGGAUGAGAAGCCUUUGACUUCAGUCCCCUCGAAGCCUCCAGCAACACCUGCCACAAGCCAAGACCAGCCCCUGGAUCUAAGUAUGGGCAGUAGGAGUAGAGCAGGUGGGACAAAGCUGGCUGAGCCUCGGAAAAACCAUGUAUUUGGGGAAAAGAAAGGAAGCAACAUGGAAGCAAGAUCAACUUCAGAUGGCUCCUUGCAGCAUGCGAGACCUACUCCCUUCUUCAUGGACCCCAUUUAUAGAGUAGAGAAAAGAAAGCUCACCGACCCACUUGAAGCUUUGAAAGAAAAAUACUUGAGACCUUCUCCAGGCUUCUUAUUUCACCCACAAUUCCCACUACCUGACCAGAGAACGUGGAUGUCAGCUAUUGAGAACAUGGCAGAAAAGCUAGAGAGCUUCAGCGCCCUGAAGCCUGAGGCCAGUGAGCUCCUUCAGUCCGUGCCCUCGAUGUUCAGCUUCAGAGCACCUCCUAAUACCCUGCCUGAGAACCUGCUGCGGAAGGGGAAAGAACGCUACACCUGCAGAUACUGUGGCAAGAUUUUCCCAAGGUCUGCGAACCUGACCCGCCACUUGAGAACCCACACAGGGGAGCAGCCGUACAGAUGCAAAUACUGUGAUAGAUCAUUCAGCAUUUCCUCCAAUCUGCAGCGACAUGUCCGCAACAUCCACAACAAGGAGAAACCAUUUAAGUGUCACUUAUGUGAUAGAUGUUUUGGUCAACAAACCAAUCUUGACAGACACCUAAAGAAACAUGAGAAUGGAAACAUGUCUGGUACAGCAACAUCUUCACCUCAUUCAGAACUAGAAAGCACAGGUGCAAUCCUGGAUGACAAAGAAGAUGCUUACUUCACAGAGAUCCGGAAUUUCAUUGGAAAUAGCAACCAUGGUAGUCAGUCUCCUCGGAACAUGGAUGAGAGGAUGAAUGGUAGUCACUUCAAGGAUGACAAGGCUUUGGUAACCAGCCAGAGUUCUGAUUUACUGGAUGAUGAAGAAGUAGAAGAUGAAGUGCUGUUGGAUGAGGAGGAUGAAGACAAUGACAUUCCUGGAAAAUCUGGAAAGGAGCUGGGGACAACUAAUUUAGAUGAAGAAAUCCCAGAGGAUGACUAUGAGGAAGCAGGUGCCCUGGAGAUGAGUUGUAAGACAUCCCCGGUGAGGUAUAAAGAGGAAGACUAUAAAUCUGGCCUUUCUGCUCUAGAUCACAUAAGGCACUUCACAGACAGCCUCAAAAUGAGGGGAAUGGAGGAGAAUCAAUACACUGACGCUGAGCUGUCUUCCUUUAGUUCUUCUUCUCUUGUGCCAGAGGAGCUUAAACAGCCGUUACACAGAAAGUCCAAGUCACAGGCAUAUGCUAUGAUGUUGUCACUGUCAGACAAGGAUCCAAUUCAUCCCACCUCCCACAGUUCCUCCAACGUGUGGCACAGCAUGGCAAGGGCUGCAGCAGAAUCCAGUGCCAUCCAGUCCAUAAGCCAUGUAUGACAUUGUCGAGGUUGACCAGAAUGGGACCAAGUCCAACAGUAGCAUGGCUCUUUCAUAUAGAACUAUUUACAAGACUGCUGAGCAGAAUGCCUUAUCAACCUAAAGGGUCACUCAUUUAAAGUCUGAUGACCUUAAACUGAAUGAUUAAAGAAGAAGAGAAAAAAGGAAGCUAUUUAUUCUCAAUAUUUUGUUUUGCACAGCAAGGCAGCUGCUGACCUCUGGAGGACCAAUUAAUCUAAAAUGAUUGGAGAUGAAUGAAAACCUCACUGGGGAAGACGCCUUCCGUUCUCCUGUCCUAGGGCAUGGGUGGAUGAGAGGAGCAGUUGAGAUGGCAGCAUUGAUGAUACAAAUGAACACUCCAUAGAAAUCAAAUUCUGCUUUUUUUUCUUUACAAGAUCACCUGAUGUGACUGGGAACAGUUGCUUUUAAUUGCCAGAUUUAAUUUUUUCCUUUUUAAAGUUUUAUGUAAUUUAACCCUUUGAAGAUGGAAAUAGUCAGGAGAAAUGCACAAUGAUUAUAGGAAGUAAUAACAGGAGUUUUUGUCACCCCCCUUACCUUUUGCCUUCUUAAGUACAUUGUUUAAAACUAGGGAAAAAGGGUAUGUGUAUAUUGUAAACUAUGGAUGCUCAUGCUCAGAGAGGUUGUCAGUGAUGUAACCCGUUCAUCACCAGUACCGAUGUACCACUAAUACAAUGUUUGCCAAAUCCUUGUAAUAACAUCUUAAUUUUAGACAAUCAUGUCACUGUUUUUAAUGUUUAAAUUUUUUGUGUGUUGCGUGUAUCAUGUAUUUAUUUGUUGGCAAACUAUUGUUUGUUGAUUAAAAAGAGCACUGUUCCUGUCAGCCACUAUUUUAUGAUGUCUGAGGCACACCCCUUUUUGACUUUCAAGGACCAAGGGGACACGACCUGUGUAUGGGAGUGCCCAAUAGUGUUUGGCUUUUCUUAACAUUCCUUCCUUUUUUGUUGUUGUUGUUGUUUUGUUUUCUUUUUUAAUGAACUAAAUACAAAUAGAUGCAACUUAGUUUUUGUAAUACAGAAAUCAAUUCAAUUGUAUAAAUGAUUAUAAUUUCUUUCACGAAAGCAUGAUUCUUCUGAUUAAGAACUAUACCCCAUAUCUUAUGCUGGUUGUCUGCAAGCUUGUGCGAUGAUGUUAUGUUCAUGUUAAUCCUAUUUGUAAAAUGAAGUGUUCCUGACCUUAUGUUAAAAAGAGAGAAGUAAAUAACAGACAUUAUUCAGUUAUUUUGUCCUUUAUUGAUAAACCAGAUUUUUUUCUUUUUGUUUGUAAUCUCAUUUGGAAAUAAUUGGCAAGUUGAGGUACUUUCUUCCAAUGCUUUGUACAAUAUAAACUGUUAUGCCUUUUGGUGCGUUACUGUGGGAGGAGCAACU